AUGAACGAAGGCGAGAGGUUAAACCCAGUUGAGGAUGAUGGGAACAUCAAGGAGCUUCCGGAGGAGUCGGCUGAAGCUGGUCCUUCAAAUGCUCAUAUUUCUCUGAUAGAGAGUGAAUCCACAUCAUCACCAACUGAGAAGUACCAGCUGUACAUUCUGUCUCGAGACGUAGAGAUCGAGGGUGUUAUAACUGAAACGAGUCUGGAGGCGGAAUAUGUUAAGACCCACGACGUCGGUAAGUUUAAAAGUCUUGAUUCGACUCCGGUCGAAAUCUUGGAUUGUCAACUCAAAACUGCCAACGUCGUUAAUGGAGUCAAAAACUCAACUCUGCGGUUGUACUACCAGAAUGUUAGAGGUUUACGCACCAAAAUUGAGGAACUGUUUUUGGCAGUUUCGGAUUCCGAAUAUGAUGUCAUCGUGCUCACUGAAACGUGGUUGAACGACGAGAUUACUUCGGUCCAGCUGUUUGGUCAUCAAUACAACGUUUAUCGUCGCGAUCGUGAUCCUGUCAGCACUGGUCUAAGAAGAGGUGGUGGUGUUCUUGUUGCUGUGUCCAACCGUCUUACGUCUUCCCCUCUCACUGAUCUCACUGGGAUUGACCAAAGCAUUGAACAUCUGUGGGUGACUAUCGAGACGGGCGAGCAGAAAAUGUACAUAGGCGUUAUUUAUAUCAGUCCAAAUGAUGCUGUCAAUCCGUCGAUUUUUGAUGCUCAUCUCAACUCAGCGGCCGCUGUAGCUGAUUGUUUACGUCCCAACGAUCGACACAUCUUGCUUGGUGAUUAUAAUCAGCCGCUUCUGAACUGGUUAAAUACCUCUGCAAAUUUUGCAUACCCUGACCCGGCAACUUCGGCAUUCAGCACCUGUUCUUCGGCUCUCCUAGAUGCGAUGGAUCUUCUGGGUAAUCGACAGAUGAAUCUAGUCACCAACUCUCGUGGUCGCACACUCGACUUAGUCUUCGUGAACGAGCUGGAUGGAGAUAGUUGCAUUGUUUCAACCCCAAUGGAACCGCUAAUUGAAGUGGAUUAUCAUCACCCACCCCUACUCGUCACCCUGACCUACCCUGGUUUCACUCCGUUUGAAAGCACAACUGAUACAUGCUCACUAAAUUUUCACAAAGCUGAUUUCACGCAAAUAUCCGAAAUAUUGCUGCACACAAACUGGUCGUAUAUUGAAAAUGCUACUGAUGUUGAUCUUGCUGUGGACUUCUUUACCACUACAUUGCACGAGUCGUUUGGAGAACACGUACCGAUGAAGCGACCUGUUCGUAAACCACCCUGGUCUGAUGCCCAUUUGCGUAUGCUGAAACGCAUAAGAGCAGCCGCAAUAAGACGCUUGUCACGUGCUAAAAAUAUGGUUAAUAAACGCAGAUUCAAUAUUGCAAGCAGCAACUACAAGCGCUACAAUCGUUUCCGGUAUGCUCAACACGUCGAGCGCUUGCAAAAUACGUUAAAGCACAACCCGAAACGUUUUUGGUCCUUCGUCAAUGAGAAGCGAAAAGAAACUGGGUUUCCAUCGGAGAUGUAUCUGGGCGAGCAUAAAUCGUCCAACUUAGAGCAGACUUGUAACCUUUUUGCUGAACAUUUUGCCAGCGUAUUCAGUACAUCGCACGCCUCGUCACCUGCCAUCGUUGAAGCCCUUCAGAACGUUCCCAGCAGUAUGUUCAAUUUAAUGACCAUUGACUUCUCGGAAGACGAAAUUAAAGCUGCUAUAUCAAAGCUUAAAUCGUCAACUUCUUGCUUCGGAUUUGCCCCUGGCCAGUACCUGAUGAAUCUCCCUCAUAUACGCAACGAUGCUCCUGGCUGA